AUGGGGAAAGAAAAGAAGUCUAAUCGUAUAAAAAUUUCAUUAAAUUCUUCCUUAAAUUUUUGGUGGAAUGAGGAAUAUAAUAGAAAUUCAGAAAUUUUAGAUAUUAUAGGAAAAUAUUUUGAAGAAAAUGGUUUUAAAAAAAAUAAAAUAUUUAAUAAAAAUAAGACAGAAGAAGAAAAAUUAAAUUCUAAUAAAAGUUAUUCAGUUCCAUAUCAGACUCGUUUAUCUAAAGCUGUUUUUGGAUUAAAACAAGUGUUAAAAUUAGCAAAUAUAAAUAAAUUAAAAUGUAUAUUACUUGAUUCAUCUAUAAUUACUCACCCAGCUAUCAGUACUGUUUUUGGUAUAAAAUUAAAUUUAACAUCAAAAGAUCGAUGUCCAGUUUAUUGUAUUCCUAAUUUAUCAAGUUAUUUGUCAAAAAAAUUAAAUUAUUCAAGUAUAUCUGCUAUAGGCUUUCUUACUCAAGAUGAAGAAUUAUUUACUAACUUCAAAAAUACAUUAAAAGAAAGUGGAAUAAAAGUUAGUGGAAAAACAGAAGUUUUGACAAAAGAAGUAAAAUCUAAAAAAAAAAAUAAAAAAUAA